AGAAGGCUGAAUCAGUCCAAUUUGAUGCAGAUGGAUGAGGAAAUUGGGUCAGGGGCCUAGUUUGAGUGAAACUGUUAUGGCCCACCUGACUUCGUAUGGAUACUGUGCACCAGAAUAGUGCAGAAGCACUCUCACCAGGUUGGCAUAAUUCACCAAAUGAGGACAUUUUGAGUUUCCCCUGGACCCUCUCACCUAGGACACUCAGCAAAUAUGAGUUCAUAAACAAAGAUGACUUUGGAAGGAACCAAGGAAAGAAAAAAGGAAGAUGCAUACACAAUAGAAAAUGAUACGUAGACAAAGGUUAUCUUACAAUAGAAUCCAUUCCCAAGCUAUUUUCUAACAUUUUUCUUUCUUUUCCUCUUCCUUGGCUACCCAAAUGAACUUUAGGAAUCAAAUACUUUUAACCCAAUGGUAGCAUGACUAGAUGUCAGGGUUGAUGAUAUUAGAGGUAUAAUUUUCUUUAAGACGCUUGAUUAGAAUUCAUGAUAUGCUAUUGUGUAAUCCAAUGUUGGAUAGAGAAACAAACUUUUUUUUUUCUUUUUCCUUAAUUCAUUCAUUCAUAAGCCUACUACAAAAGUUCUCUAUAAUCUAAGUUGUCUAUAAACCAAGUUGUGAUUGCAAUUGGUGUCACUUCCCACUACUAUGUAUUUUCCCAGAUGGGUUUCUUCCCCAUUUUUGUGAUGCUUUGCUUCAAAGCUGAAAAGCAAGGAGGGGCAGCUUUAAAACUAGAGGAGAUGUCAAAAUGUAAAAUGUGGUUUUGAUGAGGUUGCCAAAGCCCAAAACCCGCCAAAGACCUCUCCAGUUUCCACUACCACCUCACCUUACGACUCUGCCACGUGGUGUAACAAACUGUUUGCAUGAAUCCUAGGUGGUGUGGUUUGGUCAGCCAAGUGGAUCCAAUCUCUCUGUAACGGUUCAAGUUAAAACGCUUCAACAAACAACAUAACCAUAACCCUUCUCAACCUUUCCCAAUCACCUCAAUCUCUCACACCAAAAAUUUAUGGCAAAAAAAUUAUGGGUGAUAGAAGAAAACCUCUCUCCUGCAUGCCUCUUUUUUCUAGGGUGGAUCGCUUGGAUUCUACUAUGAAAUACUUAGAGGGAAAGCAAAAUUUAAUGGAAGAAAAAGGUGAGAAACAAUGCAUACCGAUGGAUUUGGCAGUGAGAGAGGCUCAGUUCAAAGGGUCACUGUUAGAUCGGAUCACUUGGCUCGAACAGCGGCUUCAUAAGCUAUCCAUGCAGCUGGAAACUAGGAGCAAGCAGCAGCCUCAUCCCUCACGGAUGCAAACAGCUGGGGAAACAUCUUCUAGACAUGGACCCAAGAAGGAACUUUCUUGUUCAUUCCCAGUUUUCAGCACUCGAAACCAUAAUCAUGGCCACAAACAAACCUCCCAAUUCCAUGUCCCUAGGUUUGAAUAUCAGGGGAAAUCUGAUAGAGGGCAACAGAGGCAGAAACACCCAAGUACACUAAAGCAGCAAGUCGGGAAGAAGAAUAGGACCAAUAAAGAAGAUAAGACGAGCAAAAGUGGAAAGAGAAUGCCUCCCAAUUGGCCUCACUUUAAAAUGUUGGGUUGCUAGUCCACCUCACCCUAGCUAAUUUCUUUCUUUUCCUUCCCUUUAACUCUUUAUUGUUGCUUUCUUAAUCCCAUACCAUAUCUCCCGAUACUGCAAUUUCAUUCCCGGCCUUAUUCUU